AUGUUGGGUAAAGCGGGAAAGCGAAAGUUUGACGAGCAUGAAGAUGGGCUGGAAAGCAAAGUGGUGUCGCCGACAGAUGGGCCUUCGAAGGUAUCCUACACCUUACAGCGCCAGACUAUCUUCAACAUUUCCCUUAUGAAACUCUACAAUCACAGGCCCUUGACAGAGCCAAGAUUGCAGAAAACAGUUUUAAUUAAUAACAUGUUGAGAAGGAUACAAGAGGAGCUGAAACAAGAAGGCAGUCUGAGGCCUGUGUUUAUAGGCACUUCACAGUCUUCAGAUCCUCUUGACACGUAUCAGGAGGCACAGCCUGCUUUCAGCCAUCUUGCCUCCCAGCCUACCCUACAACCCACUGACUUAAUAAACACUACACCACUAGAGUCUUGCCUCACCCCGGCCUCUCUGCUUGAGGAGGACACGUUUUGCACUUCCCAAACAGUCCAGCAGAAUAGUCCUAGCAGCAAGCACCCACCACCUUCACAGCUGCCUCCUGUCCAGCCAGUUAAAGACAGUUUCUCCUCAGCCUUGGAUGAAAUUGAGGAGCUAUGUCCAACAUCUACCUCCACAGAGGCAAUGGCAGCAGCAAACCUAAAGGAUGGAACUGUCACAGCAGGAACACUUAAGUCCGAGGGAACACAAGAGAACAGAACAAGUGAGCCAAAACUAAUGGAUUCCCUUCCUGGGAAUUUUGAAUUAACAACCUCCACGGGCUUUCUCACAGACCUGACCUUAGAUGACAUCCUUUUUUCUGACAUUGACACGUCCAUGUACGAUUUUGACCCUUGCACAUCAAAUGCUGGAGCAGCCUCUAAGAUGGCACCAGAUGAACUCCUCAAAACAUUGUCUCCGUAUAGUAGCCAACCGGUAACCCCUAAUCAGCCUUUUAAGAUGGACCUCACAGAACUAGACCAUAUAAUGGAGGUUUUGGUUGGAUCCUAAGAGAACAUGUCAUUGACUCUACAUAAUCCUCAUCCCUCCCCCACAGAUUCACAGCACUGUGCAUGCAUAUUCUUGCCUUUUUUGAAAAACAAAAAGGAUCUUGUUUAAAUAUUGCAUUAUGCUGUAACGGAGUGCCUUCUGUAUGACUGCUUUGGAGAUACUUUAUAAGUCGUUCUCCAUGGCCAAUCGUACUACAGUCCACUGAAGAUUUCAUACAAACUACCGGGUGUCAACUUAGACACCAGUUUGAGUUGUACAUGUAUAAGCACAAGAAUUGUGUUGGGGAACGCUGUAAAUUGCAUGUGCAUAACUGUCUAUUUUUUCAAUAAGUUUUAUUGCAAGAGGUAAAUUUUAUUACUUAAGUAAUCAGAGCCCCUUUUUUUUUUUGACAUUUUAGCCCAUUUUAG